UAGAAUCGUUUAUUUCCAUUAAAAAGAAAACAGUUACAGAACUGAUAACUUCCCGAAUUCCCGACCAAACCCCGAGAAACAAAGGAUCAACGAUUCACUGUUCCAAUUUUUUGCUUACCCCUUUUGAUUUCUAUCAAAAAGAGAAUGACAGAUCCCAACAACAAACCUAGAACUGUAAUCUGCGUAGGGGACAUUCAUGGCUACGUCACCAAACUCCUCAAUCUUUGGUCCAACCUCCAAUCCCAAAUCGACCCUGACUCCUUCAACACCGCCACCGUCAUCUUCCUAGGCGAUUACUGUGACCGUGGACCCGACACGCGCAAAGUGAUAGAUUUUUUAAUCACCUUGCCCAAGCGAUAUUCAAAUCAGAAGCAUGUUUUUUUGUCGGGAAACCAUGACUUCGCUUUCGGCGGGUUUGUGGGGGUGUUGGCGGGUGAGUUUGAAGCGAAGGAGACAUGGAUGGAGUAUGCUGAUAAUGAGGAAAGAGAAGGGUGGUAUAAGGGAGAAGGGUAUGAAAAGAUGCAUUUGCAAGGGAGGAGAUGGGGUGGUUGGAUAAAGGCUAAGUUUAAUGCUGCCAAGGGGAUUGAUUACAAAGGCUCAAUUUAUGAUGCUGCUCCUACCUUUGAAUCUUAUGGAGUUGCUCAUGGAUCUUCUGAGUUGAUGAAGGCUGUUCCAGAAGCCCACAAGAAAUUUCUAGCAGAUAUGGUUUGGGUUCAUGAAGAAGAUGAUGUCUGUAUUGAGACACAGGAAGGAGUUAAGCAUUGUAAAUUAAUUGCUGUACAUGCUGGUUUAGAGAGAGGCAAAAAUGUCCGAGAGCAGCUGGAAUUUUUGAAAGCCAAGGAUGCUCGUGUGCCCAAGGUCACAGAUCUCAGUGGUAGAAAGGAUGUUUGGGACAUCCCCAAGGAGCUAACUGAAACAAUUUUGGUGAGUGGUCACCAUGGGAAACUUCACAUAGAAGGUCUUAGAUUGAUCAUUGACGAAGGCGGAGGAUUGGAGGGUAAUCCGGUGGCUGCAAUUGUGCUUCCUUCAAUGAAGAUAGUCCGCGACACUGAUAAUUUUUCUUAGUUUCAUGUUUUAGUCAUCAAUUAGCUCUGCUUUCUGAAUUUAAGAAAGCAUAUAAUCCCUUGUUUUGGGACAUAAAGUAUGGUCAAGCUAAUAGGAGUAAAUGUGGAUUUGGAGGUACUUAUUUGGUAAUUUUGCUUGUGAUAAGUUUGUUAUAACGUCCAUUAACAGAUUUCUGGGAACCAGUUACUGGUAUUUAAUUCUUACUGGGUUCUUCUGCUA